AUUUAGGUUAUAGCAAGUUAGAAUACAAUAUAUUUAUUCGAAUCUAAUUAAGUUUUUACGUUAACAAUUACGGUUUCGAAAACCGUAUUUUUCAAUUAUGAAAAAAAUUUGUUUAUUAAUUGUUUUAUAUUCAUAGCCAAGACAUCAAAACUCGCAAUCAAAAUGUGCAUCGAUCAACCGCUCGAAAGUCAAAUGUCUUUAACAGCUGUUAACAGCGACACAAAUAGAAUUGUAACAGUUAUAUAAUUGAAUCAUCCGCCCCUAUCUUGGGAACGAGAAGGGAAUCGAUAAUACCGCAUCAGCUGUUUUAUACCCCCCACCAGUAGUGCUCCGUUAAGGUCACUACCUGUAUUCCUGUACCCCCACGGCCAUAUUAGGCAUGUAUACAAAAGAAAUGAGGACGUUUCGUGAUAAAUGAGGCUUUCUUGAGGGCUUUGUUUUCAAGUCCUUUCUGGAUACAUUACAAAGCCUGUGAGUCGUAAGAAACAGUCUACAAAGCAUGGCAUGGCACUGCAACGGCAGCACAAAUCAAGAAAUGGUGACAAAGCUAAAAGAUUAUUCGCAGAUGCUGGAAUAUUGGCAACGGACAAAGCAGAAGCUGCUAUGCUCACUGUUGAUAGAGCUAAAUAUUGUCACGAACCAGAUCCUUAUCUUGACCGUCCUAGGAGAAUUGGUUAUAACGUGACAAUUAGUGCACCACAUAUGCAUGCAUAUGCAUUGUCAAUUCUCUCCGAUCAACUCUUCGAUGGCGCCAGGGCACUUGACGUCGGUUCAGGCUCAGGUUACUUGUCCGCCUGCAUGGCGUUCAUGGUGGGUUCGCGCGGACGCGUAAUAGGUAUCGAGCAUAUUCCCGAGCUGAUAGAGAUCUCCACCAGGAACGUGCGCGAGGACAAUCCGCACUUCCUCAAGGAAAGCCGCAUCAAAUUUGUCGUGGGAGACGGCAGAUUGGGUCACGCUGCUGAUGGUCCUUACAACGCUAUACACGUUGGAGCAGCGGCUGAAACUUUGCCGCAAGAGUUGAUAGACCAAUUGGCUCCCGGAGGUCGACUAAUCUGUCCGGUCGUGGCUAUAGAAGGUUUUCAAAGGUUUCAAGAUUUGCUGCAAGUGGACAGAAACACAGACGGCACAAUAACGAAGAAGAAAUUGAUGCAAGUCUCUUACGUUCCUCUCACAGAUCCUACUACUCAAUUACACUGUUCAAAGCGGUAUAUAUGUAGUAAUUACUUUGAGCGACGAACUGCCGGUUGGGCUGUUUCGUUUGUUUCUUUCAACAAUCUAGUCACCACGCAUUUCCUCAAAAUUCGGUCGUUCAUCGUUGAAUGCCUUUGCGCAAUAUUUGUAAUUUUGUCGUCCGUUGCGUGCGUGUACAUCAUGUAUGGUCGUUAUCACGGUAGAAACAAUCAGGAACUCGUUCAGCAUCUCAAACGAACCAGAGUGAUCAAAUCUGACAAAGUAUUUGAAGCAAUGAGCUCUGUAGACAGAGGGAAAUAUACUCAUCCUACUCAUGCUUACAUAGAUUCUCCACAAGGAAUUGGUUAUGGUGUUACCAUUAGUGCUCCACAUAUGCAUGCGUACGCUCUGGAAUUGCUUGAAGAAAAACUACGUAGCGGUAAAAGGGCUUUGGAUGUUGGUUCGGGAUCUGGAUAUUUGACGACAUGCAUGGCUAUUAUGAUGGGACCGAAAGGUUUAGCUGUCGGAAUCGAACAUAUUCCAGAACUUCGAACAAUGGCUGAAGAAAACAUUCGACAUGAUCAUCCAGAACUUUUGCGUGACAAACGCGUGGAAUUAAUCGUUGGUGAUGGAAGAUUGGGACAUGCCGAUCGUGGACCAUACGACGCUAUUCAUGUGGGAGCAGCUGCCAAGGAAAUGCCACAACCAUUAAUAGAUCAAUUAGCACCUGGUGGACGUUUAAUAGUACCGAUGGGUCCUGAAAAUUCGGAUCAAACGUUAGUGCAAGUCGACAAGACUCUGGAUGGCAAAAUCAAGCAGCGACCCUUGAUAAGCGUAAUGUUUGUUCCACUCACUGACAAGGAACGACAGUAUUGUCGAUCGCGUGAUACGUCAUGAGAUAUGUGUUUGCUCCAAUAAGCGAGCAUCACUUUGUUAUUUAUGAUUAAAUUAUAACUAUUAUUUUAUUAUUCUAAUAUGCACAAGAAAUUUGUUCACAAUUUGGUAAAAACAUAUAUAAGUAAUAAUAAAAUUACAUCAGCAUUGGCAUACCCUUAUAUAAAAUAUCAUUGCAAAGAUCAAAAUCUUACUACUUUAGAUGUUAGUUUAAUUGUUUUGUUAUAUCUUAUUCGUUGAAAGAAGUAAUUAAAUGAGUGUACUUUCUGCUGACAGAAUUGUUGAUAGUUGAUUUAAAUGUGAUAUUUUCUAGUCUUUAAACUAUAUGUAUGAGAUUCACAGUAUGAGAAAGAGAGAAAUAAAUAUAAACUGAUGAAUAUAU